CUUUCUCUAGGCAGAACUAAACCAGUGAGAGCCCCUGGGUGUUUCACCUCAUUUCUGGUGGUCCUCUCUUUCCACAUCGCAGAGCACUGGAGAAAUAUGGAAAGGGCAAACCUGAGCCGAGUGAUUGAGUUUGAGCUCUUGGGCCUCACCAGUGACCCCUGGCUCCAGAGGCUGCUCUUCAUGGUGUUCCUGGGCAUGUAUGCUAUCACGCUGCUGGGGAAUCUGAUCAUGUUCAUCGUGAUCCACGUUGAGGCCACCUUGCACACGCCCGUGUACUCCCUUCUGGAGAGCCUCUCCUUCUUGGAUUUCUGCUACUCCUCCACAGUUGUCCCCCAGACCCUGGUGAACUUCUUCACCAAGAGGAAGGUGAUCUCUUAUCCCGGCUGCAUGGCUCAGAUGAUUUUCUGUGCGGGUUUUGCCACAAGUGAGUGCUAUCUCGUUGCUGCCAUGGCCUACAACCGCUAUGCGGCUAUUUGUAACCCCCUGCUCUACUCAACUGCCAUGUCUCCUGAGGUCUGUGCCUCUCUGAUUGUGGGCUCCUACAGUGCAGGAUUCCCCAGUUCUCUAAUCCACAUGAGCUGUAUCUUUAGUCUGAAAUUCUGUGGUGCUCACGUGGUCACUCAGUUCUUCUGUGAUGGACCGUCCAUCCUGCCUCCGUCAUGUGUGGACACUUCGCUGUGUGAAAUCCUGCUCUUCAUUUUUGCUGGUUUCAACCUUUUGAGCUGUACCCUCACCAUCUUGGUCUCCUACCUCUUCAUUCUCGUCACCAUCCUGAGAAGGAACUCAGCCCAGGGCAGGUUCAAGGCCUUUUCCACCUGUGCUUCCCACUUCACUGCUGUGUGCCUCUUCUAUGGCACAACACUUUUCAUGUACCUGCGCCCCAGGUCCAGCCACUCCCUGACCCAAGACCGCAUGGUUGCUGUGAUCUACACAGUGGUGAUCCCAAUGCUGAACCCCCUUAUCUACUCUUUGAGAAACAAGGAUGUGAAAGAAGAUUUAAGAAACGUUUGGGGAAGGAAAAUAAUGGAAUGA